AUGGAUCAUAUCGAUGCUCGAGCCUCGCUCAAGGCCGGGGCCAUCGGUGCUUUGGGCUCAGUGCCCGGAACCGUUUGCGCGCACCCGCUGGAUGUGCUGAAGAUUCGCCUGCAGACCACCGACAAAGGCACAUUGCUGGAUGCAGCCCGGGGGGUCCACCGCGAACAUGGAUACAGGGGGUUCUACAAAGGUUUAGUUCCCGCCCUGGAGCAGCGCUUUCUCUCCCGCGGGCCUAUGUUCCUGGUCUCGGAGGUGUCAACCCAGCUGGUGGCACGGCACCUCCGGUUUGGGGAGCUGGGCAGUCGUGCCUGCGGCUCUGUUUUGAGCGGCUACGUGGUGGGCUUCCUUCAGGCACUCUCCGAGUACAGGAAGAAGCUGCUGAGCCAAUACGUCGUCGACGCGGUGGGCGCCCGAUUUGGCCAUCUUAUCUCCGAUGCCGCACGCGCCGGCCAGCUGCGGACUGGACUUCUCCGGCGGAUGCACGCCGCGGCGGUCUGCUCGUCGGUUUUCGACGGCACCUUCUUUUGCACGCGCGACGCGCUUUCAGCGCAUUUGAAUCCGCCCCUGGCUUACGGCAUGGCGGCAGCGACGGCA